AUGGAAACAAUGGUACCUGUUCUGCUGUCUCUGCCGCUUCUUCUGGGUCAUGCAGUCCCCCAGGAGACCCAAGCUGGUCCUUAUUCUCUGACCUUUCUCUACACUGGGGUGUCCAGGCCUAGUAAAGUCCUCCCCAGGUUUCAGGCCACUGCCUUCCUCAAUGACCAGGCCUUCUUCCACUACGAUAGUGAGGGCAGGAAAGCAGAGCCCCUGGGACCAUGGAGCCAAGUAGAAGGAAUGGAGGACUGGGAGAAAGAGAGCCAACUUCAGAAGGCCCGGGAGGAAAUCUUCCUGGUGACCCUGAAAGACAUCAUGGACUACCACAAGGACAGCAGAGGGUCUCACACCUUUCAGGGAAUGUUCGGCUGUGAUAUCCAGAAUAAUAGAAGCAGUGGGGCGUUCUGGAGGUAUGCCUAUGAUGGACAGGACUUCAUUGAAUUCAACAAAGAAAUCCCAGCCUGGGUCCCCUUGGACCCAGCAGCCCUGAACACCAAGAAGAAGUGGGAAGCAGAAAAGGUCUAUGUGCAGCGGGCCAAGGCAUACCUGGAGCAGGAGUGCCCUGAGAUACUGCAGAGGUACCUGAACCACAGCAGGACUCACCUGGACCAACAAGAUCCUCCCUCUGUGUCAGUCACCAGCCAUGUGGCCCCGGGAAGAAACAGAACACUCAAAUGCCUGGCUUAUGACUUCUAUCCACAAAGAAUCGGUUUGCGCUGGACUCGGGCCGGCAAGGUGCAGGAAACUAAAGCAGGGGGAGAGAUUCUUCCCAGUGGAAAUGGUACUUACCAGUCCUGGGUGGUGGUGGGAGUCCCCCCUGAGGACAGAGCCCCUUACCUCUGCCUCGUGGAGCACAGUGGGCUGGCCCAGCCCCUCACAGUGCCAUGGAAUGGAAGGCAGAAAGCCAGGGCUGAAGGUCUUUUGGUUGCAGCAGCGAAAACAGCUGACUUAAACAUAAUGGGAGUGGGCUUCCCAGACUUCUCCUCAAAAAUAUGGGUCUGUGGUGAGGACCUGGAGCAGCAUGAUAAUCACACGUGCUCCAACCAGUUAGCUGAAACUUAG